GGAGUCGCCUCAGCGAACUUUUAUUUUUGAUUCCGUGAGCAUUAUAAUCUCGAAUAAAGACUAUUUAUCAUGGGGAAAAGAUCGAAUAGUCGCCGUCUUCAAUACGAGAAGGAUCAGUUGGGCUGUAUCUGGGGAUUGAUCACUAUGUUCGAUUUCCGCCAUGGUCGAAUGACUCAGAGACUGCUUUCGGAUCGAAGACGGGAGAAUGAGGAUGCAGCCGGUAUGGGAAAUUCAGGAAAAAAACUAGACAUGUCAACUAGUUCGGGUGAAGGGAAGGCAAGGGCGACGGAUACAUGUAAGCCUAGUGUGAAGACACUCCUAGAAGAAGAAAUGUCGAGUGAGCAUGUUACUAAGAAAAAAGCAAAUAAUACUGAACAUGAAGCAAAAGAGUUUGGUUCGGGGGAAGGAGACAACAUAAGGAAGAACCGGAAAAGAAAAAACAAAACUCGCAAGAAAAGUUCCGGUAUCAAUCUGGAUGACGAUGCUGCCAAGAACUUGGCAUUGGAAGUAUCUUGUCAGCAUAAAACCGAGAAACAACCUACAAACAGUCUUGAUGUAGACAAUCUUGUAGAGGAGUUUUGUCAGGAAAUCGAUAAAAAACGAAAUAAUUGCGUGAAUCAUGACCAGCCUGCCAAAGACCAUGUGCAGCGAAGCCCCAAGAGUUAUGGUUUUGAAGAAAGAUUGAGUGAGGCUAUCAAGUUCUUAGUAAGCCAGAAGCUUAUCAACAGGAACCAAUUUAUGGAAGGUGGUAACUCCAAGCCUCGAAAGAAGUCAUGGAUGCACUUCAAGUUUUGAGUUUAGACGAGGAAUUGUUUUUGAAACUUCUUCGAGAUCCGAACUCAUUGCUGGUGAAGUAUGUUAAAGACUUGCCGGAUGCUCGAGAUGAAGAGUCUAAGCCUCUUGCCGGAUCCAACUUUUCUCAGAAGGAGCCUGUUGGUUUAAAACAAUCAAACGAACCUGUUAAUAGAAAACAGCGGAAUUUCUUUAGAAGAAGGUCCAAGUCUCAGGAAAGAGACUUAUCGGA